AUGUCAAAAUUUAGACAAGAAUUAACAGACGUAAAAGUAAUACCAAAUUUGAAGGGUGGCAUAAUAUUUGGCGUAGCAUUUGCAAUUCGUUUCAUUCUUUUCCAGUUUUCUAAUAUCACUGAAAUAUUGGGAAGUCGAGUUGAAAUUGUAACGCCUGUAACAAGUUUUACCCGGUUAACCGAGGGUCUUUACUUAUUCGGUAAUGGCGUCCCACCAUACGAUGGCGGAGCUUUUCAUCAGGCUCCAUUAUUCCUCGCAUGCUUCCAGCUACUUAGCUACCUUCCAAACAUAUCAAUACCGUUGACUUAUAUUAUAACAGAUUUACUCAUAGCUUAUCUUUUGGCAGAUAUAACACGAAUAAAGCAAUAUUUAUACAAAGAUUUUCCACGUAUAGAUAUAGAAUUAGAAGCUGAAAAACCAAAGGAAAUUGAUCCAUGGAUAGUAUCUGGAUUUUGCGCGGGUUUGUACAUUGGAUGGUUAAUGGGAUUAUUAAUUUUAUCCUAUCUUUUGGUCGAUUCAUGGGAUUUUAUGCAGUCCACAUAUGGAGUAAUCCUUCUUUUACCCGACUUAACUCCAAAUAUUGGUUUAUUUUGGUAUUUCUUUAUUGAAAUGUUUGAUCAGUUUCGAAGCUUCUUCCUGGUUGUAUUCCAGUUACAUGCGUUUAUCUUUGUUGUACCGAUAUCUCUGAAAUUCAGGAAUCAUCCAUUAUUUGUUGUAUUCCUUUUGAGUGGCAUCAUGGCUGUGUUUAAAUCCUAUCCAUCAAUAGGCGAUGCAUCGCUUUACCUGGCUUUUCUUCCUAUCUAUUCAGAAAUCGUAAAAUGUAGUGGAAAUGCAAACUUUUUUUAUGCUAUCACUUUGGUGUACACCAUAGGAAAUAUAAUUUUGUUAGUGGAUGCCACUUAUUCAAUGCUCAGAAGAGAAUUUGAUAUUUGGAAUCCUGAGUUUAGACAUU